AUGGUUAAUGAUAAUAUUAAAGCCACUAAUUGCACAAAUGGUAACGAACCUAAUAACAGCGAAACUGGUAAUAACGUGACAUCUUCCUGCAAUAAUGACAAAAGUCAUAAUACAGUAAAUAGUACUAUUAAUACUAACAAUUCCACAAAUGGUAACGGUUCUGACAAUAACGUAACACUAUCCCCUAAUAAUGGCAAGCAUUGUGACAUAGUAGACAGUGCUAUUAAUGCAAAUAAUUUAAUAUCUAAUGCUUGUUUUGAUAAUAAUAUUAUAUCUUCUCGUGAUAAUGAACAUGACCAUGAUAUAAUGGAUAAUGAAAGUAACGUUGAUAAUUGUACGAGACAUGCUGAUUCUGAAGAUGCCACGAUAUUUUCCAAUAAUUGUAAUAAUCAUAACAGAGGUAAGACUGCGGUUUUUAAUGUAACAUUUUCCUGUGAUAACAAUAGUGAUGAAAUAGUUAAUGAUACUAUUGUUAACAAUUGCACAAAUAGUAACGAUCCUAAUAACAGCGAUACUGGUAAUAACGUGACAUCUUCCUACAAUAAUGACAAAAGUCAUAAUACAGUAAAUAGUACUAUUAAUACUAACGAUUCCACAAAUGGUAACGGUUCUGACAAUAACGUAACACUAUCCUCUAAUAAUGGCAAGCAUUGUGACAUAGUAGACAGUGCUAUUAAUGCAAAUAAUUUAAUAUCUAAUGCUUGUUUUGAUAAUAAUAUUAUAUCUUCUCGUGAUAAUGAACAUGACCAUGAUAUAAUGGAUAAUGAAAGUAACGUCGAUAAUUGUACGAGACAUGCUGAUUCUGAAGAUGCCACGAUAUUUUCCAAUAAUUGUAAUAAUCAUAACAGUGGUAAGACUGCGGUUCUUAAUUACAAUUGCACAAAUGGUAACGAUCCUAAUAACAGCGAUACUGGUAAUAACGUGACAUCUUCCUACAAUAAUGGCACAAGUCAUAAUAUAGUAAAUAGUAGUAUUAAUGCCAACAAUUCUACGAAUGAUAACACCCAUUUUGAUAGUAAUGUGAUGUUUUCUUGUGAUAAUAGCGAUAGCUAUAAGGUUGUAGGUAAUGAUAUUAAUACCAGUGAUAUUAAUAAUUUUACAAAUAGUGAUGUUUCUUAUACGAAUGCGACAUUUGCGUAUGAUAAUGGCAGCGUUAACAAUUCUGAAACAGGUGUCGUUCUUCAUGAUGUUAUGAUAUAUUCCCAUAAUAAUGAAAAUAAUUCUUCUAAUAAGUCUAGUAUUUUGAAUGAUGCAAAUGCUAUAGCUUCUAUAGAUUGCAACGAUAAUAAUAUAACAUUUUCUUGUGAUAAUGAUAUUAUCAACAGUACUGUUUCCGCAAACACGACAAAUGUUUCUGAAUAUCUACCUUCCACAUCGGAAGUUACAGAAGAAAUAGAAGCUGAAGUAGAACAAGAGAUUAGCCAUAAUAAUAAAUCUACACAUAAUGAUAAAAAUUCUUCAGAGUCAGUGAUAGAUAUUUCUUCUGUAAAUACAUUUGGUUGUAAAGAAGAUAAUUUACAUGUCCCAUUCUCUCAACCUAAGGGACUUAACAAAAAAAAUUUUUGUUAUUAUUGCAAAAAAUUACAAAGCAAGAUUGCACGCCACUUAGAAAAUGUACAUAAGUCGGAAUCCGAAGUAAAAAAAUUUAUAUUACUACCGAAAGGUGAUUAUUACCAUCAAAGUUUUUAA